AGCAUCUCUGGCUUCCUGCUCCUGGGCUUCUCUGAACAACCACCUCUCCUGUUCAGGCUCUUCCUAGGCAUGUACCUGGUCACCAUGUUGGGAAAUCUGCUCAUCAUCCUGGCCAUUGGCUCUGACUCACGCCUCCACAUGCCCAUGUACUUCUUACUGGCCAACCUAUCCUUUGUUGAUACCUGCGUCACCUGCACCAUUGUCCCCAAGGUGCUGGUGAACAUCCACACACAGCAUCACACCAUAUCCUACACCGGGUGCCUCAUGCAGAUGUACUUCUUCAUGGCUUUGACCUUGUUGGAUGACUUCCUGCUGGCCGUGAUGGCAUAUGAUCGCUACGUGGCCAUCUGCCUUCCUCUCCACUACACCACGGUCAUGUGUCCCCAACGCUGCCUGCUGCUCGUGGCCACAUCCUGGCUCUGCGCCAGCCUCCUGGCUUUCUCCCUCACUCUCCUGAUGGCUCAGGUCUCCUUCUGUGCCUCCCAUUCCAUCCCACACUUUUUCUGUGAUCUUCUCCCACUCCUCAAGCUUGCCUGUUCAGACACUCACAUCUUUCAGGUCAUGAUGUUUGCUGAAGCUGCUCUCUCAGGUGUGGUCCCUCUCACCUGUGUUCUGGUCUCUUAUGCCCGCAUUGUACACACCAUCCUCAGGAUCCCCUCUGCUGGGGGGAAGCAUAAAGUCUUCUCUACCUGUGGCUCUCACCUGUCAGUGGUCACUCUCUUCUAUGGAACCCUCUUUCUAGUAUAUUUCCAGCCCUCAUCCUCCUACUCAGCCGACACUGGAAUGGUGGCAUCUGUGGUAUACACAAUGGUCACCCCUAUGCUGAACCCCUUUAUCUAUAGCCUGAGAAACAAAGAUAUAAAGCAGGCUUUAUGGAGACUACUUGGAUGUGGAAAAUAUUCUAACCCAUAA